GAGUUAUAAAGGAGCAUCAAUGAACAGUUCAUCCUGUCUUCUUCGGUUUUAAUCCGCCAAGACAUUUCUUUUCAUAUAAAGAUAACUAGAUAGUCGAAGGGGAUAACUCAUAGAAAAAAAAUGGCAUGGUGUCGGUAUUGCAUGAUAAAGGGGUAGAGUAUCCAUACUAUUAACGUCAAAAACUAAUCCUGGUUUUCUACCGGAAUCAUCUAUGUUUAUAACUUACCGGGCUUCUGUAUAGUUGAACCGAAAGAUGGAAUCAUCCGCAAGAUCCUUUUUGAACCUUCGAAUCUCGGUGCCCACUAACCCGUAAAACCGCAUAUAAAUCCCCCUUUAAUAGGUGUUAUCUAAACGAUCCUACCCCGCCACCACUACUUCGUGAUUGUGCCUUUACCCUUAAUUACAAAAUAAAUCAUAAUAAAGAGCAACGAUGGCCACACUUGAUGGCAAAGUGUUUGCAAUCACUGGUGGUGCUAGCGGAAUCGGGUUUGCAACAACACAGAUAUUAUCCAAACGCGGCGGGAUCGUCUGUAUAGCCGACAUCGACCCUGUGGCUAUAAGCAAGGCGGAGGAAUACUUUACCAGUAAAAACGCGUCCUUCACUGUUACCAAGGUUGAUGUCUCUAAGCGGGAAGAGGUGGAAUCUUGGAUCGAUGGUAUCAUCCAGAAAUACGGCAAACUCGAUGGUGCCGCUAAUGUUGCGGGUAUCAUCGGCAAACAUCAUGGCAUACGAGAGGUUGCUGACCUCGACGACGACGAAUGGCAUAAGAUAAUCGCAGUUAACCUCACGGGGACCAUGUAUUGCUUAAGAGCGGAGCUUCGGAAAAUCGUUGACGGUGGUUCUAUUGUGAAUGUUUCCUCUAUCCACGGGCUUCAAGGAUUUGCCAAACACGGAGCGUACGAUGCCAGCAAGCAUGGUGUUAUAGGCCUGACAAAAGCUGCUGCCAAAGAAAACGGAGCCCGGCAAGUGCGUGUGAACGCGGUGGCUCCGGGUGCCAUAUUUACUCCGCUGAUGGAGAAGAGCUGGAAAAUCCAUAACCGACCAUCUGACGCACCAUUUGAUGAUACGGCGGCUCUCGGCAGACAGGGCACGGCGGAGGAGUGCGGCCAUGUCAUCGCUUUCCUUUUAGGUCCCGACUCGACGUACGUGAGCGGAAGCGUAUAUUCUGUCGACGGCGCAAUGUAGGUCGCUAACAC